CGGAGGUGCAGCUGAAGGAGCAGAUAUCAGCCUUCACCCUCCGCUGCCUCGCCAUGGCCUCGCUCGCCCGCAGCGCAGCUCUCCCGGGGGGGAACGCACUUGUUGAGGGGCCUCACUUCCAGAAGCUGGUGCAUCAGAGCUGCAGCCUGGCGCACAAGAUCCUGCUGGCCGUGCCCGACGCGCACAAGUCCUGCAUCCACACAGAGACUCUGGAGCUAAACUCCACAGACAAUGCCAAGCUUGAGAUAAUGGCAGCCAACAUUGGCAUCCUCCCGGCUCCUGUGCUCCGAGCCGUGUCAGAAAACUUCACUUUGAAUACCUGUUUGACCCGCAUGUCUGAGGGACUUCAGCUGCACCGGGCCUUACUGAGCGCGGUUUCUGAAAGACUGCAGAGCAAAAACAAAGUGACUGAGCUAAUGGCCGACAUCAGAGACCUCACCAUUCAGAUCAACAAGCCAUUUCCUUGUGCCUUACAGAUGUUGCAGAAAAAUGGGGUGGUGCCACCUUCGCCGACCACGGUUACUUUACGUCUGCACGGGGAAUACGAGGUUCAGGUGGCGGCGCAUCUGACUCUGGUGCAGCUCCAGUCGUUUGGGAGGGACGCCAUCCGCUGCCUCAGGAACCUGGACCAGGAACACGAAGACGAGGCGGAGAGCUGA